AAGCCCCGCCUUCGGCCCCGCCCUCCUCCCGGUCUCCUUUGCGCCGCGCGCCUGCGCCUGCGCCGGCUUCCAGCUGGAGCUGGACCCGAGAGCCGGAGGGGCGUGCGCGCGCGCCCUCGGCCCUGUUGCGCGCGCGGUGUCACCUUGGGCGCGAGUGGGGCCGCGCGCGCGCAGGACCCGGCGCUGGGGGCCAUUGAGUGGCGAUGGCGGCGACGGCGAGUCCCGGGGCCGGCGGGAUGGACGGAAAGCCCCGCACCUCCCCCAAGUCCGUCAAGUUCCUGUUUGGGGGCCUGGCCGGGAUGGGAGCCACAGUUUUUGUGCAACCGCUGGAUCUGGUGAAGAACCGGAUGCAGCUGAGCGGGGAAGGAGCCAAGACACGAGAGUACAAAACCAGCUUCCAUGCCCUCACCAGCAUCCUGAGGGCAGAAGGGCUGCGGGGCAUUUACACUGGGCUGUCAGCUGGCCUGCUGCGCCAGGCCACCUACACCACCACCCGCCUUGGCAUCUACACGGUGCUGUUUGAGCGCCUCACUGGGGCUGACGGUACACCCCCUGGCUUUCUGCUGAAGGCCCUGAUUGGCAUGACGGCCGGUGCAACUGGUGCCUUUGUGGGAACACCAGCUGAAGUGGCUCUCAUCCGCAUGACCGCCGACGGCCGGCUUCCGCCUGACCAGCGCCGGGGCUACAAAAACGUGUUUAAUGCCCUGAUUCGAAUCGCCCGGGAGGAGGGAGUGCCCACACUGUGGAGGGGCUGCAUCCCUACCAUGGCUCGUGCUGUCGUGGUCAACGCGGCCCAGCUGGCCUCCUACUCCCAGUCCAAGCAGUUCUUACUGGACUCAGGCUACUUCUCCGACAACAUCCUGUGCCAUUUCUGCGCCAGCAUGAUCAGUGGCUUGGUCACCACUGCCGCUUCCAUGCCCGUGGACAUCGCCAAGACCCGGAUCCAGAACAUGAGAAUGAUUGACGGGAAGCCAGAAUACAAGAACGGGCUGGACGUGCUGGUGAAGGUUGUCCGCUACGAGGGCUUCUUCAGCCUGUGGAAGGGUUUCACGCCCUACUACGCCCGCCUGGGCCCCCACACCGUCCUCACCUUCAUCUUCUUGGAGCAGAUGAACAAGGCCUACAAGCGUCUCUUUCUCAGUGGCUGAGGCAGGCAAGGGGCCCAGAGCCGGUGUGCCAGGGCUCCCCUCACCCGCUGCCCCCACAGUCAGUGUGCCCCCGGGGGCCUGGACUCCGCUGCCCUGGGCCCCUGUAUUUAUUUUUCCUCCACGGUCUGGUUCUCUCCUUUGCGGUAAAGGACUUUGGCCUGUCCUACCCCUGCGUCACCUCGCCCUCCCUGUCCCGAUCCUCGUGACAUCUCUGCCCCUGGCUGUGCCUCAGAGGGAGCUGGGAAACUCCCUGAGGAUUUCCGGUCUCCUCUUGGGUGUUAGUUUCAGGGCAUGUAGGACAGCAGAGGACCCGCCUUCUCAGUGGGUAAACCAAGGCAGAGCUGAGGGGACAGGAGACGGCAGAAGCCGUUGGGAUGGUCGCAAGGUCUGCAGUGGGAGGACGUGACCUUUCCUCCACCUCCCUGAGGACAUGAUCAAUAAAUCGGAUUGAUGACACCA